UUUGGUUUCUCUCUGAAAGAUCCAGAUCAGAACAAGACAAGGCUUAAUGUAACCCAAGAUGCCUCUGCUCCACAGCGUCCUCGCUCAGGUCUUCAGCUGGUCGGGGAUCUGUCUCAUCCUGCAGGGACUGGUGGCUCUGGUUGUGUUGUGGACGGUGAGGCUGCUGGCGCGUCAUGCUUGGUACACUCACAAGCUGUCCUGCUUCAACAAGCCACAAACACACUCGUGGCUGUUGGGACACCUGGGCCAGAUGCAGAGCACAGAAGAAGGUCUCCAGCUGGUGGAUGACCUGGUGCAGACCUUCAAACACUCAUGCUGCUGGUUCCUGGGUCCUUUUUACCACCUGGUCAGAACCUUCCAUCCAGAGUACGUCAAACCUCUGCUGAUGGCAUCAGCCAACAUCACGGUGAAGGACGAGCUCAUCUACGGCCCUCUGCGUCCGUGGCUGGGACAAAGUCUGUUGCUAAGCAACGGGGAGGCGUGGUCUCGCAGGAGACGACUGCUGACUCCAGCUUUUCAUUUUGAUGUUCUGAAAAACUAUGUCUUGACAUUUAACUCGUCCACCAACACCAUGCAUAGUAAGUGGCGUCGCCUGCUGUCAGAAGGAACAACCAACAUUGAGAUGUUCAACCACGUCACUCUGAUGACCCUGGACAGUUUACUGAAAUGUGCUUUCAGCUACAGAAGCAACUGUCAGGAAUCUUCCAGUGAGUAUGUGUCGGCCAUAGUGGAGCUCGGUGACCUGGUGAUGGACCGCCGCUUCAGGAUCCUGCACCAAUGGGACUGGAUCUACUGGAAAUCCCAGCAGGGACAACGGUUCAAGCAGGCCCUGAGUGUCGUGCACCGAUUCACCAGGGAAGUGGUCCAGAAGCGCCGAGCCCUCAUCGACCAGCAGAGAGCGACGAAUCCCACCAAAACACCACAGAGGAAGAAGGAUUUUGUGGAUAUUAUACUACUGUCACAGGAUGAAGAUGGAAAGGGUCUAACAGAUGAAGAAAUCAUGGCUGAGGCCAACACCUUCAUGUUUGCAGGUCACGACACGACAGCCAGUGCAAUCUGCUGGACGCUGUAUAAUUUAGCCUGUCAUGCUCGGUAUCAGGACAAAUGCAGACAGGAGGUGAUGGACCUGAUUCAGGGACGAGAUGGACAUGAGAUGGAGUGGGAGGACCUGUCCAACCUGCCGUUCACCACCAUGUGCAUCAGAGAGAGUCUGCGGCUGCACUCACCUGUUCAGGCUGUAACGAGGAGGUACACCCAGAACAUGGUCCUGCCUGGUGACCUCACCGUUCCAGAGGGUGUCAUCUGUCUGGUCAGCAUUUAUGGAACUCACCACAACCCCUCAGUCUGGACAAACCCACACGAGUUUGAUCCUCUGCGUUUUGACCCAACCAAUGCACAGAAUCACUCUUCUCAUGCCUUCAUCCCCUUCUCCUCAGGCCCCAGGAACUGCAUCGGACAGAAAUUUGCCAUGGCUGAGCUUCGAGUCGUGGUGGCCUUGACCCUGCUCCGGUUCCGUCUGACCCCAGGUGUGGACCCUGGAUUAACCAGCAGCUCUGGAGGGGUACGCCGCCUCCCCCAGCUCGUCCUGCGAGCUGAGGGGGGCCUGUGGCUGCAGCUGGAGCCUCUGAAUCCACCGAGCUUCCAGGGAACUCCAAGGACGUCCUUUUGAAAAGUAGACCCCUUUGCUUUUGUCUGGAGGAAGAACAAAUAAAACUCUGUAAAGAUGUUGAUUUUAUUUCAUAUAGAAAAACAGACAUGAUGUAAAGUGUGAUUUUCUAACCCCUAAUUGAUUUUGUAUUCAAUUAUCAUGACUUUGUAUGUUUUGUAUGUUUUAAUCUAUCUAUCUAUCUAUCUAUCUAUCUAUCAUCUAUCUAUCAUCUAUCUAUCUAUCUAUCUAUCUAUCUAUCUAUCUAUCUAUCUAUCUAUCUAUCAUCUAUCUAUCAUCUAUCUAUCUAUCUAUCUAUCUAUCUAUCUAUCUAUCUAUCUAUCUAUCUAUCUAUCUAUCAUCUACAUCUGGCUGCAGAAUCAACACUUGACCAGUAGAGAGCAGUGAUAUCCCCCUUUUGGAUUUUAAAAUGUCUUUUAUAAAAUAAAACAAAUUUACAUUAAUUAGUUUCUACCUUAGUAAAACACGUUUUCACCAGAUGAAUAAAAAAUAAAACUUUAUAUCGACUGUCCUUUUUAGGAGAGUUUUUAGUAGUGAUGUGUCGGUUGCGAACGAACCGGCUCUAAGGGCCGGCUCUUUGAAGUGAACGACGGGAGCCGGCUCGUCAUUGGGAGCCAUCCCCUCCCCUCCCCCCUCCCCCCCUGCCUUGGUGAAAGCUACAGGCUUUGGUCAACAUGUGUAACUGCGGGUCCAGACUGUCCACACACAGAGCAGUAGGGGCGGGGAAGAGGGAGGAUCAGACUCAGACACACAGCAGAGCACAUGCGGGUGGAGGGAGACGAGAGGGAAUGAGGAGGAGGAAAAAGGCGAGCGAGAGGGAGGAGAGUGCGACGAAGACAGUGAGAAAAUGAGCGCCAGCAGUCGGAAAGUGGAGAUUUCUUAAAGUGUUCAAUUAUUAAAUCCAUAGAAAUGAUAUUUGAUAUAUUGCUUUUUUUACAUUAGUAAAUUAUUUUACAUAUAGUUUAGCAUUAUUUUGGUAAUAAAUGUACUCUACGAAACAGAAAAUCUGAGGAGCCACUUAGGAGCCGAAAGAGCCGGCUCUUUUUGGUGAGCUGAGCCAAAAGAACCGGCUCUCUAAAAAGAGCCGGAAUUCCCAUCACUAGUUUUUAGGAAAAAGGAGGCGGAGUCUAGAUAAUUCACUUUUGGUUUUACCCACAGGAGCGGCCUUUCAGCCACAACACAAGCUGCAGACACGCUUUCACAGGAGCCAAAAUGUUUUUAACCGGAAACUAACGUUAGCUGAUGUGUUUUGGGGGGUUUUAACGGACGCAGCUGUGAUUUCAGCCUCGUUUAUGACCAUUUAAAACCGUCUCCUCCACACAAUGCUGCUGCUAGCCGCUGUGUUUUGUGUUGUGGUAGCUUCAGUGACCACAG